UGCAUUGGAACACCACCUGUUUUUUUCCUAACCAGUUCUUAUAUUUAUGUACUGACAUAGGUACUAAAUAGUUGGAUAGCCAAUCAAAUUUGAUACCACGUUUUCGAGAUUAGACUCCUCUCGUUGCCGAAUUUUUUAAUAGUAACUAUAUUGUUGUAUGUUUUUCAAGUUCACACUUAGUUAGUGCGUUCGAAUAUAAUUUUCGUUGCCCUUUUUAAAAUUUAGUUACAAUGAUCGAAUUGGUGUUUUUCUUCCACUACAUUUCGGAUCUCGUGCUUAGUCAGGUCAACCUUUACCUAUACCUGCACAAAGCCUGCCUUGCCAAUACAACGACCGAAAAAACUUACGGAGCUUGCUACAUUGACCAACAAGGAUUUACUUUAGUCUCUAAAGUCACAGGUUCUUAUUAUCGUUGGGCUAUGUUAUUUCUGUGCGUAUUUUAUGUAUCAUUAGCCACAUCUUGGAGCGACACAUCCGGUCGGCGUCGAAGACCACUCGUCUUCAUAGCGAUUUUCGGGCAAAUCAUGCAGUCCAUCAGUGGCUUAAUAAAUCAUUUUUUCGAUUCGAGUUUGAUAGUGGCAGCCAUUUCUAAUAUGAUUUUCGAGUUCAUUGGAGGAAUACACAUGAUGUUUGUGGUGGCACAGAUUUACAUAUGUGAGAUAUCCGCUGUAGGAAAUCGUACCAUGAGGUUGGGGCUGUUAUGGGUAGUCAGGCUUGUAUGUCAGCUACUUGGCAGUGGAAUUGCAAAUAAAUAUGUAUUCGGUUUUGGAUUUUACUACUCGUAUACCUUAUGUAUUGUACUGUCAAUUAUUUCACUGGUACUAGCUGCCCUUCUAGUCAAAGAUAAAUUUGUCAUUCCGGAGGAGAGACGGAGUCUUUUGCGAUUGUUCGAUGUGACCCGAAUUGUCCACUGUUUCAAAUUGGUGUUUAAGAAAAGCCUAGGAAGUAAACGACUGCUUGUUUUGUUGCUAUUGAUCGCGUACGUUGUGGUGUAUUGUGUUUAUCAAGGUGAAAAUGGAACUGCGUCUUACGUUAUUAGUUAUCAACUUGCAUCGCUCGACAGUAGAGUUCAUUGGAAUGCUCUUCUCUUUGUUAGAAAUCUUGCAAUCAUUUUCAACACCCUGCUUUGUUGUGUCAUCCUGAGUAAAUGCUUAAAAAUCCGCGAUGUUUCGAUUGGAAUUUUUGCCGGCAUCUGUAAUCUCAUCGGAGUCAUUCUUCAUUUCUUGGUUGGUCAGAUAUGGCACGUGUAUAUUGCGGCGCUGUUAAAUGCUUUUCAUGGUGUGGUAUUAUUCACCACAGUUUCUUUUUUGAGCAAAUUUUACGACGGUAAAGAAUUUGGAAGGUUGUUCGGUGUGCUCAAUAUCUUAUUUUGCUUGGCUUUAAUCAGCGAAUGGGCGUAUAGCAUUCUUUUUGUAAAAACUGCCAACUGCUUUUUGCCAGCUGUAUUCAUAAAUAGUUUUUUCUUAAAUGCUACAGUUUUAGUAUUAUACUGUAUUUCGUUCAUGUUUUGGCGAUUGGUGAGUGAUCCUGUAUCGUGAAGAAUUUCAACUUAUGAAAAUUGAUCAAUAUUUUGUUCACAGAAAUACAUUCUUGAUUUCUUGUAUUAGCUAAAGAA